AAGGAAAACCGAGAAGAAGCAGGCAAUCGACCAGCUCGUUGUUGGAUUUGUGUUUUAUCAUUUAUAGAACAAGGUGCAGAAAAUCGAAUAUAGUGCCGAAAUCCAGGUCCAGAAACUGGCGAGGAAUAUCCAUGUAGCGAAAUUGAGGCAGAGGCUGCAUUUCUGUGGCGUUUGUUUGUUCUCUAGGACGGCAGCUUUGGACAGAGUAGAGUAGAGGGUGGUGUGAACGUCAUGUAAACGAGAACGGGCCAUUAGCAAAUUUUUCACGGUCAUUUACGCUACAACUUUGUCACCUGAUAAGUGAUCGGAUAUUCGGGUGCACACUUGCGACCCACAAACUCGUCAUUGUUGAGAAAGAACCAUGAACUACGACGUACUGCUGAAUCGGACGGGUUUCAGCAAGUUCACGGUUACCCCACAGCACUUCCGCAGUGUUUCGGAAGGAGAUAGUCGGUCUCGUGAUUCAACAGCAGCAGCAGAAGCAGCAGCGAGUGGACACGAUGAGGGCCAUAGCCGGAAAAUAUCCCUACAACAUCCUGCCUACCGCCAUGAAUCGGUUUCAGCUUCUUCAAGUCCUCUGCGCGCUAACCACCACCCAGGAAGCGUUGGCAGUGGACCAACCGAAGAGUUCAAAGGAAAGGUCGAAUCUAAACUGCUUACCAUGUGGAACAACGUGAAGUUCGGUUGGAGUUACAAAAUGAAGACGAAUUUCUCGAAGGAGCAACCGCUAUGGUUACUUGGGCGAUGCUACCAUCAGAAGGUAACUCCGGUGCCGUCGAUGGAAAGCUCAAUGGAGCUGAGCAACACGGAAUCCGAUGGGCAGCCAGUGGAGCAGACUGUACAGGCCAUGAGUUUCGAGGGAAGUUCGAACUCCCCUCCCGAGGAAACCGGUACCGACGCAAUCGAAGAAAGCAGCCCUGAAGGGAUCGUCGAGGAGGAAGAUAUCGAGGCUUUCCGGCGGGAUUUCGUAUCACGCAUCUGGAUGACGUAUCGCCGGGAGUUUCAAACAAUGGACGACUCCAACUAUACCUCCGAUUGUGGCUGGGGCUGCAUGAUACGUAGCGGGCAAAUGCUACUGGCACAGGGUUUGGUUGCUCACUUUUUGGGGCGCAGUUGGCGUUGGGAUGUAUCCAGGUGUUCUAUGUCUGGAGGACGCAUUCAUCGAAAGGUGAUUCGUUGGUUUGGCGAUACUUCCUCGAAAAUGAGUCCCUUUUCGAUUCACACUCUGGUUGCGUUGGGCAAGGCGUCUGGGAAGAAACCAGGGGAUUGGUAUGGUCCGGGUUCCGUGGCGCACUUGUUGCGGCAGGCAGUACGUUUGGCAGCCCAAGAAAUUGCUGAUCUUGAUGGAAUCAAUGUGUACGUUGCACAAGACUGUGCAGUUUACAUCCAAGAUAUCGUCGAUGAAUGCACGGUACCUGCGACACCAGCGAAAGCACCCUGGCAACAAAAGCAAGCAGAGCCAGGCAUUUCCACCGAUAGUAGUGGGGGUACCGAUACGCAAGAGCAAUCAUCCUCCACUCACUGGAAAUCUUUGAUUCUACUGGUUCCGCUUCGCCUUGGCACUGACAAGCUAAAUCCUAUCUAUAACGAAUGUCUCAAGGCAAUGCUCAGUUUAGAGAACUGCAUUGGUAUAAUAGGGGGACGGCCAAAGCAUUCUCUUUACUUUAUAGGAUAUCAAGAAGACAAGCUCAUUCAUCUCGAUCCGCACUACUGCCAGGACAUGGUCGACGUUAACCAAGAGAAUUUCCCUGUGGCCUCGUUUCAUUGCAAAUCCCCGCGCAAGAUGAAACUUAGUAAAAUGGAUCCAAGCUGUUGCAUUGGUUUUUACUGUGAGACAAGAAAGGAUUUCUAUAAGUUCAUCGAUAGCGCUAAGCCUUACCUUACCCCCGUUGCAAAGCAGGAAUCGUCUUCCCAAACUGCAGCCGCAGGAGGAGGAUACUCCAGUUCCGGCCCGAUAAGUUACCCGAUGUUUGUGUUUUGUCGCGGAAAGAGCAGCGAUCAGCGCGCCGAUCUUUCCCCGUACCAACAUCAACACGCAACAUUGUACCGGUCACCGCCGACUGCCAUUCCCCAUGGGGCACCCUCUGGCGAUCGCAAUCAUGAAGACGACGAUGAUGAUGAAGAGGACGAGGCAAUAGAGUUCGUUAUUCUAUAACACCAACCGAGACGCGCAAAAAGUGUUUUCAAUCAUGCGAAAGUACCUCCCUCCACUUCAUAGAGGUCAUUUAUACAGAGUUACUGCAGGGUGCUAUGCCAAUCUCUUCCCGGCAACUGAUUCAAAAACUUACCCCUGACACGCCCUGUACGUAGCAUUCCAUCGCGUUAUAUGAGUUUCCUUUUUUGUAUUUGUUUGUUUUCUUAUGUAAACAUUUCUCCGAUCAACUGAUCAGCUCAUUAUUAGGUUCCUUGAAUGUGACAUUUUUCAAGCCGCGCUAGAGAUGUACAACUAACGUACUUAGAUACCUUUUAUUGAUAUCUUGAUUGAAUUCGAUUCGAUUGUCAUAACUUUGUGUUAUAGUGUCACUAAAUUGGUUCGAUAUGGUGUGGCUAAUGUAUUUAAGCUCGAUGAAGCAACCUGUUAUAGCAAGAAUGUUAAUUGAAUUAUAUUUAUUUGUUUUUACUUACCCAAUCUGAAUGCUGAAUGCUGCUAUUGUACUCAGUCCUAUCGGUAGUCAUUAUGGUAUAUAUAUAUAUAUAUAUAUUUUGCUUCGAACAAAACUGUCUGAAUAUAAGAUUCCUGAAAUAAAGAGAUUGGAA